AUGGUCAUCAAUAUUGCUUCAUUGAAGAGACUGAAUCUGAGGAAUAGUAAUUAUGAAGCUAAUGAUCACGGUUUACUGAUCAGCGCUCCGCUCUUGGAAAGGAUAGAGCUGUCGCAGAAUGUUUUGAAUUUUCAGAUAGAUUCUUCCAGCUUGGUGGAAGCAAUCAUAGAUAUCCAUGUAACAUGUGAGCCCAUUGAAGCGUUCGCUAAUCUUGAAUUUCUGUCUUUAUCAGAAUAUGCCUUAGAUGGUAUGGCGUUUCAUGAGUUCCAUAAUCUGGUAUGCCUGGAAACUACAACAAGCUGUGCAAAUUGGGAUGAUCUGGAAGAGUUGCUUCACGGCUCAAACAAUCUCAAGACUUUGGUAUAUCACAUUGAAGUACCAAUUCUCCACAGGGGUCACAACUGUGAUAAGUCAUUUUCGAAGACUGUUCCGGUGUGUGUGUCUGCGAGUUUGAAGGCCCUUAAACUGACGGGAUUCAUCAAUCAAAACUGUAACUGGACAUUCAUUCAAUAUAUGCUGAAGAACGCCAAAUUCUUGGAGGAAGUGAAGAUCAGGACUUCCUCGAUGUUGAAGAAACGACGCAGCCAUAUUAGAAACAUGUUGAACUGCCCUAGGGCCUCAACAGAAUGCCAGAUUCGUUUUUUCUUGGACUCGACAGGCGAAGAAUAUCGGUUGUGA